AAAUGUCCAAGUUUACUCCUUGCAUCCCAACAUCAUGUUGAUUCCUCUUGUCUUUUCUUUUCUAUAUAUAACAGUAAUCAAAAUGUGGGUGGGUGGGGGAGAUAUUUGAUAUACUACAAAAAAGAAAAGAAAUCGAUUUAAUCCAAGAAACCAUGGAAAUAAUUUUUAUUAUUAUCUAAUCAUUAAAUUAAUUAACACUAUUCAAUAUUAUUUUUAAAGAAUUUGAUCAAAUUAUUAAGGGUAGCAACAAAAAACAAACAGAAACAGAAACGGGAACAAAAAGGGAACAACAAAAACAAAAAAAAAAAAGAAAAUCAGAAACUAAAAAAGAACAACGAAAACAAAAAAAAAACAUCAUUGGGAUUGAAUUUAAGUAAAGUGUUACAAUAAACACAAUUCAUUGUCAACUUUUCAUUGAUUCAUUUAAAGGAAUAAUGGGUUCAGUUAAUAGUCAUUUCAUGAAUACAGAACAUUCUGAUCAGUUAUUACGACAAGAAAGUACAAUCAUUGGAGAUAAUACAAAGUUGGAUGAUUUAAAUACAAAGUUAAAUGAAUCAAUGAUCUAUACCGGUUUCUGGCAUCGAUUAUUCAAAAAAUCAAAAAGUUUAGACAAUGAACCACCAAAUUUAAAUUCAAAUAUUUUAAAUGACCAGCAGAAGAAAUAUAGUAUACAAUCAAAUGAUGAUAAUUUACAAAAUAAUGUUGCCUAUCAACAUACUACUAAUAAACUACUUACUACUGAUAAAACAGUAAUAUCUAAACCAAUUAAAAUAGAUUCAAAUGAAUUACGAAAUAAUACGAAGUUGUAUGAACAUAAAUAUUCAUCAGAAUAUGGACAACAUCAUCAAUUUCAAAUUACAUCAUUAUCAAAUAGAAAACAACGUCUAUUACGCAAUCAUCAUCAAUAUCCUCCUCGUGCUGCUCAUCCGUCGCCUCUUCCUCCUCCUCAUCCUCAACAUCCUCCGUAUAAUCCAAUGCAAUUAAAUGAUAAACUUAUAAUGACUAGUAAUUUAAUUUCAUCAAAAUAUGAAUCAAAAAGUCAAAAUUAUUUAGAUUUAAAUCAAUCACCUAAAAUGCGUUUUAUACUUAAAUUAAAUACAUUUGCUAGUGUACCAGAUUUAACUAAAAAACCAAUACGUAGUGCAUUAAAAGGUAGUAGAAAUAGUAGUGUUCAUCGAUCAAUCAAUGAACAUGAACAAGUUGUCCGAUCAUCAAAUCCUUUAAAUUCUAAUUCAUUUUCAUUAACACCACCAUCAACACCAAAUGAUGAAAUGAAACAUUUAGUAUAUUUACAUUCAUCAGAUCUAUCCAAUACAAUGAUGAAUAUUAAACUAAUAAAUAAAACAGAUCAUAAUGAAUGGUUACUAAGUAAAUUGGAAUAUUCUAAUUCAAAUAGUAAAAUAUCACCUGGACUUAAAAUUGAAUAUAGUCAAUAUUCACCUGAAUUUAAACGAUCAAAUGGAUUAAAUAAGAACUAUUUGGAUUAUUCUAUAAAACAUAAAGAUAAUCAUGAAGAUUUAAAAGAUCAUGAAGAUUUCAUGGUGACUUUAAAUGAAGUGAAUAUAUCAGCUGAUCAUCAAAUGAAUGAUGAUAUUAUGAUUGUUAAUAAUGAUAUAAAAGAUAUACAAGAAGAUGAUGAUAAUGAUGAUGAUGAAGAUAAUGAACAAAUAUUUGAAGAUUCAAAGUCAUCAACUCCAAGAUUUCAUUCAAAACUUUUGAGACGUGAUAGUAUGGAAUGUUACCUUGAAACAAACAAAACACAUGAUAUACGUCAUGAAAGGGAUCAUCCACUUUCUGAUCUUAUUGAAGGUAUGAAAAACGGUAAACAUUAUUAUGGUGAUUCAACAAAUGCAACGACUGACUUUGUAGAGGAGGAAGAAGAAGAAGAAAAUACGACUGAUAGUGAUGAUGAUUGUGAAAUCGAUGAAAAUAGUAUCGACUCUUUGUCCAACUCAAUAAGAGAUGAAUACUCACUUAAACCUUUGAUAACUGAAGUACUAUCACCUUCUUUAUGUGCUAGUGGUUAUGGUCCAGUUGGGCAUUUAUUAACAAGAUGGUUACCUCAAAGAAAUUUCUGUGAAUUAUUGAUUGGAAGCAAUGAAAGUCCAAAUACUUCAGAAGAAGCUAAAUGGUUAAGAAGAAAGGAGUUAUUGAAAGAACUUGCAAGAACUUCAACUAUCUAUACAGAAGGUAUGACACAAGAAAUGUUUAUGUUAAGAUUUUCUGAAUUUGUUGAAGUACAAGAAUUGGAACCAUGUGAUCGAAGUGCUGAUAAACCAUGGAUUAGAUUAACAUCAAAAGAUAAGGCACAGAUUCGUAGGGAAUUAAACGAUUACAAAAUGGAUGAAAUGGAUGUACAUCAAGACAGUCGACAAUUCACCAGAUUUCAUCUUCCAUAAAUAGUUGUGAGAGGAUUAUCCAUCAUGUAUACAUCUCUCUAUGUGUGUGCAUACCAACUUUCACCUACCUAACUGUCUAUAUAUGUGUACAAGUUAAUCAAUAUGUGUAUAUGGAUACAAUAAAUAACCAGUGAUAUAAAACUAUUCAUUCUUGAAUAAACUCAAAUGUAUAAUUUACAUCUAAAAAGGAUAUCAUAUUGUAUAUUCUAAUAUAUAUUAAUACUAUUUGUAUAUAUAACUUAUCAGUAUAUCUAAUGUAAAUGAAAUAGUGUAAAUCAAUGGAAAACUUUCAAGAAGUAGAACAAUUCAAAUAAGAAUCAAUAUUCUGUUACGUUAGCAACUAUUGAAACGAAACAUGAAUUUUACAGGGAACCUCAAAACAAAAAAAAGUUGCCAAUGAAAAAAGGAACCACACACACACACAUACACACAAGUCACAUUUUCAUUUUUUUCUUUAUCAUUUAUUAAAAGAAAGAAAUGACUAGAUUCAUUGAUAAGUGACAAUUCUAUUUCGAUAUCUAUAUAGAUCAUCAUUAAUACAAUUUCGAAUUUUCGUAAUUCGCUUAUUUUGAAGAUGGUUGAUUAACUAAUUAAUAGAAAUAAUUAUAAAUGAUUAAUAAUAUUUUUAUCAUUAUAUGGUAACUAAUUCAUUUUGUAACUAUGCAACAACAAAAAAAGGUUUCCAUGGCAACUAUUCAUUUUCUUAUUUGUAUAUAAAUAAAUAUUUCAAUGAAA